AUGCGUGCCUUCAUCGUCCUUUGCCUCGUGGCCCUGGCCAGCGCCGACAAACUGGGCUACAACUACCAGCCCGUGGCCCACUCCCCCUCCGGACUCAGCUUCCAGCCCUCGGGCCUGGCCAGCAACGAGGCGCCCAGCUUUGCACCCUCGGGCCUGGCCAGCAACGAGGCCCCCAGCUUUGCCGCUGGACCCGCUGCACCCAUCGACGGACCCGUUGGAGCCUCUUCAUCUGGUUCCCCCAACUACGCCGCUCCCCAGGCUGAGCUGGAGAAGGAGUUCUUCACCUACACCGCCGACGAGGGUGAUUUCUACGAUCCAGCUGCCUCCGAGCAGGUGUCCAGUGCCCUGAACAAGGCCCUGCGCGUCGUCUUCAUCAAGGGACCCGAGAACCGUGGCCUGGAGAACGCUGCCCUGGCCCUGGCCAAGCAGGCUGCCCAGCAGGAGACCGCCAUCUAUGUCCUCAACAAGCAGGCCGAUAUCGGAGAUCUGGCCAACAAGCUGAACUCCAUCCGCAGCAACUCCAACAACAAGCCCGAGGUGCACUUCGUCAAGUACCGCACACCCGAGGACGCUGCCAACGCCCAGAAGGCCAUCCAGGGACAGUACGAUCAGCUUGGAGGAUCCUCCCAGGCCCAUGACGGUGGUGUCGCAUCCUCCCUGAACUUCGCCUCGCAGCCAGCGCCCGCGCAAGAGAAUAUUGGUGGCUCUGCCAGCGCUCCAGGCGCCAGCUACUUGCCCGCCAACAUUUUCCGCCGUUACCGUUUCUAA